CCAGCCCAAUUGUGUGCGCCGCUCCGCAGAGGAAGUCGCCGCGAUGUCCGAGACCGCUCCCACCGCCGCCCCCGAUGCGCCCGCGCCCGGCGCCAAGGCCGCCGCCAAGAAGCCGAAGAAGGCGGCGAGCGGCUCCAAAGCCCGCAAGCCCGCGGGGCCCAGCGUCACCGAGCUGAUCACCAAGGCCGUGUCCGCCUCCAAGGAGCGCAAGGGGCUCUCCCUCGCCGCGCUCAAGAAGGCGCUGGCCGCCGGCGGCUACGAUGUGGAGAAGAACAACAGCCGCAUCAAGCUGGGGCUCAAGAGCCUCGUCAGCAAGGGCACCCUGGUGCAGACCAAGGGCACCGGCGCCUCCGGCUCCUUUCGUCUCAACAAGAAGCCGGGAGAAGUGAAAGAAAAAGCCCCGAAGAAAAGGGCGCCUGCAGCUAAGCCCAAGAAGCCGGUCGCCAAGAAGCCCGCCAGCGCUGCCAAGAAGCCCAAGAAAGCGGCGGCGGUGAAGAAGAGCCCCAAGAAGGCGAAAAAGCCGGCGGCUACAGCGGCCAAAAAAGCGGCCAAGAGCCCCAAGAAAGCCGCAAAGGCCGGCCGCCCCAAGAAGGCAGCGAAGAGCCCGGCUAAGGCAAAGGCGGUGAAGCCCAAAGCGGCCAAGCCCAAGGCAGCCAAACCCAAAGCGGCCAAGGCAAAGAAGGCGGCGCCCAAAAAGAAGUAAAUUGUUCCAGGAGAGUUUUGUUCUACAUACUUUGUUAUCCAACGGCUCUUUUAAGAGCCACCCACACUUUCCCUAAAGGAGCUGAUGCACCGAAAUCGUCCGUAAAUCUGCAUCAAGGGUCCAGCAAUUCGUAAGUCGUCAAGAGGUCAAUUGUGUCUUGUGUUUUUUGUUUCCUAGGGAUUAUGGAAAGAAAUAGUUAAGAACGCGGUAGAGCACGGCGACUUCAGGGAAGUGUAGACUUUUGUUUUCCCUCCAAGUGAUUACUUUGACUACAAGAAACUAUGUUUUAUAAUGAUUUGAUAAAAAAUCGGAUGUACGUUUUUUUAGAGAUAUAUUUUGUAACGAAAUAAUGCAAUUGCCAGGAACGCUACUACUGAGCCAUGUCUAAUAUAUUGAAUUAUUUCUCUUUAGAUAUCCGUAAAUGCCUUUGUCUGUUUGGGGGGAGGAGGAGCGGUAUUCUUUACUGACACAAAAAUAGCCCUACUCUCUCCCAGUCCUUUUGUUGCCGACGAGAAAGAAAGCUUUAAGUGUUGAAAAACCCGCCCUGCCCAAGGAUUGGCCAGCGGAAAUCCCGGCCCGCUGCCCUUCCCCCUCCCUUCCCCGAAGACGAUUACGCCUCCCAUCUCUGGAACUGUAUCAGACACUGGAAGAAAUAGACCGAAAAGGGAGGUGGGACAGGAACUCUCAACGAAUAGUGUCCGUAUGUUCUUAGACCUAAGAACUAAACGGAAAAAAUCCCAUAACAGAAAGAACUUGCAUGGGGAGGAGAACGUUUUGGAACAAUUUCAUUAACAAAAACAUGGAAAACUUUAUCCAAGCAAAAAUAAAGGAAGUUGAAACAAAAA